AUGGAUGAUGAUUUUAACAAUCUUCAACAUUCAAUUAGUGCUUUGAAGAAAGAAAAAGGUCCUCGUCGUCGUAAACAUAAAAAUUCCAAAAAUGGUUGUCCAAAUUGCAAAAGACGUCGAGUGAAAUGUUCAGAAGAUUUGCCAUCUUGCUUAAAUUGCAUCAAACAUAAAACACGGUGUGGUUAUUUGGACUAUAAUGAAGAUCAAAUUCUUGAAUUGAAAAAAUCAAAAGAUUCUGAUCAAGAUUUAUCAACUUUAAAACCUAUAAAAGACUUAUCUUUAAAUAAUGAUGAUAACAAUGACUCAAAUCGUAAAAAAUCUCCUUCUUCAAAUGAAAAUUCCCCUUAUUAUGAUGAUUCUCCCCAACCAAAAUCAAAAUCUUCCAGGUCAUCUCAAUUAACUUCCCAGUCACAGCUUCCUUCCCAGUCGCGUCCCCAGUCUCAACCAUCUCAGUCUCCUUUACAUUCCCAUCUAACUCCUCAAUUACCGAAUUCUGGUGUUAAUGACGUACUCAACUUUCAUAGCUCAAUCACUCAAGAUUAUCAUAAUUUAUUACCAACAAAUACCGACGGUCAAAUUAUUUAUCCAAUUUACUCAAUCAAUAAUAAUGACUCAAAUAAUCAUAUUAUGAAUGAAAAUUCAAAUAAUUCACAUAAUUCUAAUGAUUCUAAUAAUUCUAAUAAUUUCCAUCAAGCGCGUGAUGUCUUUGGCUGGGAUCAUGAACAUCAUCAAAAUCAACUUAUAAAUCAACGUGUAAAUUCCCCUCAAAUAAACUCUAUACACCACCCAGGAGAUUUACCGGAUCAUUCUGUGAAUGAUGCAUUAGACUAUGAUAUAGAUCAUCCUUCAUCUGGUAAUGAAGGUUUCCAUCAACAAUAUAAUAACCAAACUGAAGAUCAUAUAAAUUUAAAUCAAUCAAAAUCAAACUCAAUCUCAAAACUUAAUUUAAAAGGCUUACCAAAUUGUAUCAAUCAAGAAACUUCUUUCCCAUUAUUUAAAAAAUAUAAUAUUGAUUGGGGUAUCGAAUUAUUAAAUUUAUUAUCAAAAUUAACUUCUAAAAUUCAAAUGGGAUCUGCCGGUUUACCACAAAUUAGAGAAUUAUAUAGUUAUUGGUUAAAUUCAUUUAUUUAUAAAUCAUAUUUUUCAAAAGUUAUGUUUAGUUGUCUUAUUAAUUUAACCACUAAUUAUCUUAUAUCAAAUGUUUUAAAUAUAAAAUCAAGUUUAAAAUCAAAUUUUGGUGAUUUCGUUGAUAAUACAAGAAUGAAAAAUAUUUUAAUUGUUAGAUCAAUUAAACACUAUGCUACCGUUAUUAAAGGUAUGAGAAAUUUAUUAAAUAAUAAUGAAGAUCCUGAAUUAUGUGCUCAAGUUAGUUAUAUUUUAUCUUUAAUGUCAAUUUAUGAUCCCGAAGCUACUUUAGAAUCAACAAAUUGUUUUAGAGAUGGUUUAUUCGGUAUUUUAUCCUAUACUAUUAAUCAUGCAAUUAAAAAUCAAGUUAAUCCUCCAACUUUAAUUCCAAUUCAUUUACAUUUAAUGACAAAUGUUAGUAGAUCAAUUUAUUUACCUGGUUAUAAUCCCCAAUUUUUAAAUGAAUUUCAAUCAAUGUUAAUAAGUUUUGGUAAUAUAAUUAAAAUGAUUAAUUUACAAGUUGAAAGUUCAAAUAAUAAAAAUCAAACUUUAAAAAUUUUAGAACCAAUGUAUAAUGAUUUAAUGUCAUUUGUUAAUGAUUCAAUUAAUGAUUAUUUACCUAAAUUAACUAAUAAUUUAAAAGAUAUUGAUAUACAACAACAAACAUUAUUCAAAAUGGCCCAUAGAUGGGUUAGAUUACAAAAUUCAAGAUUAACCACUAUUAAUUCAAAAUACGAUCCUUUGGAAAAAAUUUUAUAUUUAUUUUAUAAAGUUUUCAAAAAAUCAGUUUUUGCAGUUGCUCCUCAAGUUAAAUAUUUUUUCUUGAGAGAUUUUGAUAGUCCUUUAAUGCUAGAUGUAUUCCCAAUUUAUCAUGACAUUAAUAUUUAUGAAAAUGAACUUGAUCAUCCGUUAACUUUAUGUUUACCAACUCCGAUUUAUGAAUCAAUUAAAGUUCAAUUGAAAAUCUUAUCUAGUUAUCUACUUCGACUCAUGACUUUUUUCACUUUCAGAUUGAAAAUGUUAUAUAGAACAAUUGUUUAUGAAAAAACUGCUAAAGAUUUAUAUCCAAUUGAUAAUAUUAAAGAAUGGAGAAGUUCGAUUCAAGAUAUCGAUGCAAUAAGAAAAGAUUUCAAUUUUAAAAUUGGUAUUGUGGAAACUCAAUUAACUUCUUUUAGUGAUUGUUUAAUCAAAUCAGAAAAUUACCCAAGAGUUAUUGAUGGGGAUCGUAAUAUGGUUGAACAAGAAUCUCCCUUCAUUAAAAAUGAAAAUUUAUUAGAGCACAUCAGUUCUCAGUCAAGUUCAAGAUCCCAUUCUCAAUCUCGAACUCCUUCUGUAACCGAUUCUGAAAGAUCAGAACGGUCUUUAGAAGAUGAUUACGUUGAUUUACUAACUUUGACUUCAUACGGUUUACUUGCGAAAGAUGCAAAACCAAAAUUAAGAUUAUAA